GCCACAGGCGGCUUUGAGAGCGUUAUCAGUAGCCACCACAUUGUACUGGCACAUCCUCUUGUCCAGUGGGGAGCGGAAAAACUCUCCUUGCAACGAAGUUCUCGCUCUCUGUCUCUCUCUCUGUCUCUCUUCUGUCUCUCAGUCUAUCCCUUCGCUCUCGCUCUCUCUCUCUCGCUCCCUCUUGCUCUCUCUCUCUCUCUCUGUCUCUGUCUCUCUCUCUCUUUCUCCCUCUCUCUUUCUCUGUCUCUCUUCUGUCUCUCAGUCUAUCCCUUCGCUCUCUCUCUCUCCCUCUUUCUCUCUCUCUCUCUCGCUCGCUCUCUCUCACCUCUCUCUCUCGCCAUCCAACUAGAGCUCUGUCUCUUCCUGGCAUGGAGGGAGAGGAGGGAAGAAAGUAAAGAAAGAGAGAUUGGGAACUAGAGAAUGACAUAAGAACACGAAUACGACAUGGUCAGCAUCACCUUGUCAGCUUGUGCGCCUUCGUUCAACAGAAUCACCACAAAAGAUUCAAAAGGGCAUUUUGUUCAUUUUGUUAUUCCUUGACCAAUUUUUGACUUCAUCUCUUGGUCUUUUGGAUGUUUGAUAUUACAUAUUUUUUUCAACAUUACUGGAGUUCCCAAUUUAUUUAAGCAGGACGGAAAGCAGACGUGCCAUGUGUUACCUUACCUAUGGUGCUGUAGGGUCCUGUGGGUAAACAACUGUACUGACAGAGCACGCUGGUUUUCAUGCUGUGUAGUGGAUUGUAUGGAUAGUUUGAUUCAUAUCCGAAAAGACAGACAGACAGACUGGGGGACUAAUCAACCGUGUCGGCCGAUGGUGACUCAUUCAAAGACAACGUACUUGGCUAUUCCUCAGGAUGUACUAUGGGAAAAAGACGUCUAGACUACUAAACUUAAAGCCAGACCAACCAGUCUGCCGUGGAGCUCCAAGAAGACCCAGAGACGCCUCAGUCACACCACUAGUAAACACUGGCACAUGAUUAUUGAUGUGAGCAUCGUCUGCCCAGCCACUGUAGAUUGGACACAGCCUCUUGAGUGGGGCCAUGAAUGCAAGAUCACACUCACACGCUCUCUCCUUUUUUCCUUCCUCUCUCACACACACACAAACUCACACACACACUCGCUCUCACACACGCAACAGCCCUCAGAAUGAGAGGUGACAAUAAGACUGGACUGAGCCAAAACCAAGGGCAUCAGCCUUAGCUUCAACACCAUCCCCUGACUCCUGACCCCUGAAAACCCAGGACCCAGACAGCCCAUCACAGACAUCCCUGGACUGAUUAAUAACAGCAGUAGACAACCCGUCGUUCAGGAGGACCAGGGGACUAACAGCAUAAUAAGGGGAUAUUCUCUGGAGUAGCAGCAGAGGCCCAGGGCUGAGAGAGGUCUGUGGAGGUCUAUAGGAGUCUAGCAGCAGCAGCUAGUGGCCUAGACACCAUGCUGGGUGAGAGAGACAGAACAGCGGAAGGGGUGAGGGGUGCAGUGGUGGGGUGCCUUCUCACAGGUACCAUGAUGGAGAAACUGAACCCCCCCUCUGCCUCCCCCCCCUCUGACCCCCUAUCGGAGUCUGAACGACUGAGCCCUCAGCAGGCCCCCUCACCGGCUUCACUUGAUGCUAGCAGCCCACCGCCGGUUAAUGAACCAGGGAGUCCGGGAGACAGGUUUGUCCCACCUAGCCCCCCUGCCUCCCCUCCUCCACCUCCAGAGCCCCCUACCAAGUUGCUUGACCACUCUGCCGCCACCAACAUCGCACCUGAACCACCGGUCGCCAUGGAAACAAACAACACCAAGGGAGGAGGUUUCAUCCGCUCCUCUCCGCCUCCCCUCCUCCCAGCCCCAGUGUCUACAUCCACUACCCCUGCCGUCCUCCCCCCAUCCUCCUCCUCCUCUCCGCCUCCCCUCCUCCCAGCCCCAGUGUCUACAUCCACUACCCCUGCCGUCCUCCCCCCAUCCUCCUCCUCCUCUCCGCCUCCCCUCCUCCCAGCCCCAGUGUCUACAUCCACUACCCCUGCCGUCCUCCCCCCAUCCUCCUCCUCCUCUUCUUCCUCCUUUUCCUCUAUUGCCCCCCUCCCUCGCCACAUCCCUGUUAUUAGUCUGGGACACAGUAAACCCCCCCACCCCCUCUCCCUCCCCAGUAACACCCCUCUAACCACCCUGCACCCCAUCCCCAACCACCCCCACCACCAUGACCCUUACCACCACACCCACCACCACGGGGGCAUCCGCCUCACCCAGCUCACCUCCCUGUCAGGGACCGGACCAGGGGCCCCACCGAUCCCCUCCCAGGGCCCCCUGCUGCCCCUCCAGUACCUGCCAUCACACCACUUCUUCUGCAGUUCUCAUCUUGGUCCCUCUGGUAACUAUGGAAUCUUUUCCAGUAGAAGCAUCAAGAGACGGCCCUCCUCACACUAUGAGUUGGAUCUCAGUGAUGGCCCUCCUCAGAAGCUGGCGAGGCGUGUGUUCACCAACAGCCGGGAGCGCUGGCGCCAGCAGAACGUCAACGGGGCCUUCUCAGACCUCCGCAGGCUCAUCCCCACCCACCCUCCGGACAAGAAGCUCUCCAAGAAUGAGAUCCUCCGCCUGGCCAUGAAGUACAUCGACUUCCUUGUCACCCUGCUCAACGACCAGUCCCAAGACAAAGCCAGGGGCUCGCCUGAGGAGGAGACCCAGGAUGGGAGGGCCCAAGCGGGGCUGAACAACAAGGAUAUACACCCACUUUUCCAGGGUGACACUCCCUCUUCAACUAUGGUCCACCACGACAGAGGAGACUCCACAGACUCAUCGAUCAUCGCCUUGGCAACCUCCCCAACCUCCAGUUGCUAUAGCAACACAGACAGCGAGGAGAACCUGGGGGGCGGGGCUAAGAGCUCAAUGGUGGUGCCGCGGGGCAUUCCGGGAAAGGUCAAAGGUCAGAUUCGGACUGCGGUGACACUUGCCAGCGGUGACAUGACAUGUGACGUCACAAAGAUGACAAAAUUGAAUACCUGGUAGUAAAUAAUAUCCGACAAACUGACAGAAAGGACAAAAAUGUACAGUAUACUUACUACUCUACCAGCAAUCUUUGAGACUUUUGGAAUCGAUGUAGUUCUUUCAAUGACAUGGUAUUUCUACAAGGUCAGCUCUGAGUUCUUGUAGCAGUUUGUGGUAGUGUUUGACUGUCCCUCUGUCUGGAUUUUGUGUCCUGCAGUGUGGGACUGAGGCUUUCUGGGUAACGUAAGCUGUUUCAUCAGAACUGAGGCUUCUAUAGGGCUACCUGGGAAAUGUAGGCUUGACUGUUUGUACAUCCAGUCAGCACAGUGUCAGUUGCCCUACAAACCUCUGAAGGAGCCAUGUUGACCUCAUGGCUUUGCUUCCUGCAGUUUGAGACAUCAAAAAACAUCAAUGACGGUAACCUUCAGCCAGUAGUUUAUGUGGCAGUUUUUGAAGUUUCCUAUUUUCUUUCUUUAGUCAGAUGAAGAAGAUGGUCCCACCCUACCUCCCUUAGAGGACAAAAUUGUGACACAGUUGUCCCAAAUGGCACCCUAUUUCCUGUUUAGUGCACUACUGGUCAAAAGUAGUGCACUAUGUAGGGAAUAGGGUGCCAUUUGGGAAAUUGACCGUUCUAGCUGACUGAAAUAAAGUGUUUUAGUUCUCUCUUCCUUAUUCAACAUCCUCUUAUUGCACUCCAGAAUACAUGCAGCCCUGUUAUCAGCACAAUUUCUCAACCCAAACAAUUGUUUUGCUGCUGUGUCCAGUUUGAGAGACAGACAGUGUAGUCGCUGGCAAAAGUAUUGUUGUGUGAAGGGGUGAAGAUGUGUUUUUGUGUUCAGAAAAUCAACCUGGUUAAUUUUAUGGCUGUAAGUUGGUUUGUGAUUCUAUAAAAAGUGUGUUGUGAGAAAGUGCA